CAAAAAACAUGAACAGCUUUGACUUUUCUUUAGUCAAACCAAACCAAACCCAGCUCAGAAUUUCACCCUUUAAAUACUUGCAUCAAUUUACAAGAAUUAAAUCUUAAAUUCGCCAUUUUCAAGUUCCCAAUUCAAAACAGAGCUCUAAAAAUCUUCAUUCUUUUAAGCUCUUAUUCACAUGGCGGCUAAGAGAAUCCGACAAGAAUUUGAAGCCUCCGACAUCGCCAAAUCUUUAAUGCUUCUUUCUCAGACAUCCAACUCCAAAAUUCCCGGACAAAACGCCGCCGUUUUCCAGUGCAAAACCUGCAACCGGCUCUUCUCUUCGUUUCAGGCUCUCGGCGGCCACCGUGCCAGCCACAAACGCCCACGAACGGCGGCUGACGAACCGAAGGAUGCGGCGGAAUCAAAGAAAAUGCACGAGUGUGGGCUGUGCGGGCAGGUGUUCUCUACCGGGCAGGCUCUCGGCGGGCACAUGCGGCGGCACCGGAUGACGACGACGAACGGAGGUGGGUUUUCGGUGGUGCCGGCCGUGGAGAAGAUUCCGGUGCUGAACAGGUCCGGGAGUAUGGGAGUUAAGUGCUUGGAUCUUAAUUUGACGCCAUUGGAGAAUGACUUGAAGCUCCUAUUUGGACAAAUGGCUCCAAGAGUUGAUCUUGUUCUUUGAUUCUAAGUUCUUAAUGUUUCUAAAUUGUUUGAUUUUUUAUUUAUUUAUAAUAAUUACUCCUAGAUUAUUUUAAAUUCUUUCCAAAGAAAAUUAGGGUUUCUUCUCGUUUUUGCUUCCGAUCCAUAUUUCCCUCUCGAUCUCGCUCGGUUUUCAUCCUUUCCCUUGAUAUCUCUUUCUUCUUUGUCAAUGGACACCGUUGAAAAAAAGUUGAUAUCCCAUAGCUCUACUCCAGAUCUAAACAAAUUUUCAACUCAGAUAAAAAUUUCUGAAUACCUACAAUGGAAGGGUCGUCGGAGGAAGCGUCGAAAAAGAGAGAGCGAGGAGAGAGUUGUCAAGGCCAUCGUGGGUCCGAUUCGGAUUUUGAAUCCUAGA